AAAAAGUCCAAAAUUUGAUUUAAUACCAUACACCUUACAUAAUAUACUUAACACUUUAUUCUUAUCUGUGGACUAUGACUUAGCAGUUGGCCUGCUGCUUGGCUGGUUAGGGAAAUAGUCGUUUGUGUAAGGAUUUAAUGUAUAUUCUACACUUUCACCGGUAUUUAAAAUUGAUUUAGUAUUUUACUUCUUUGUGUUUAGUUACUUUUAUGUUUCUAUGUUAAAAUAUGAUUUUGUAAAUUUUAUUUGAACCUAUAUAAAAUUUGGAACAUAAUGAGCAAAAGAAAAGCUCCAAGUGAUUCCACAAAUCCAAAUCACGAUUUUUGUGAAUUUUUGAUUGAAUUGGCUGAUUAUGAGAAAAAUGUUGCACGUAAUAUAUAUAAGGGCAAUGCUUACAGAAAAGCAGCGAGUGCAUUAGCUAAGCACGGUAAACGUAUUAAGUCUGGUGAGGAAGCACAAAAACUAGAUGGAAUUGGUGAUAAAAUAUCCAAAAAAAUUGAUGAGUUUUUAGAAACUGGAAAAUUGAAAAAACUGGAUAAUAUAAGAAGUGAUGACGCUUCAGUUUCUAUUAAAGAAUUAACAAGAGUUAGUGGUAUUGGACCAGCUAAAGCAAAAGAACUAUAUGAUUCAGGUGUUAAAAAUAUUGACAUUCUAUUAAAAAAUCAAGAUAAACUAAAUCAUCAUCAAAUUUUAGGACUAAAGUAUUUAAAUGACUUUGAAGAAAAAAUACCAAGAAAUGAAGUUAUUGAAGUAGAACAAAUUAUCAAGAAAACAUUACAUAAUUUGGAUCCUAAAUACAAGGUUACUAUUUGUGGCAGUUAUAGACGAGGUAAAGAGUUCAGUGGAGAUAUUGAUACAUUGAUUUCUCAUCCAUUGUUUAUGUCUCAUGGUCUUAAGAAAAAAAGUGACAAAUUGCAAGUGGUUGUGGAUAUUCUGAAAAAAAAAAACCUCAUCACUGAAACUAUAUCGUUGGGGGAAGCAAAGUUCAUGGGUGUAUGCAAAGUGAAUCGUAUAUCAAGGAGAUUAGACAUUCGCCUAAAUCCAUAUGAUCAGUUUUAUUGUGCUGUUCUUUAUUUUACUGGGAGUGAUUUAUUUAAUAAGCAAAUGAGAGAGCAUGCUAUAAACCAAGGUUUUACACUUAAUGAAUAUACUUUGCGGCCAAUGGGUUCUACAGGUAUACCAGGUGAACCUGUGGAGAUAAACAGCGAAAAAGAUAUUUUUGAUUAUAUAGAUUAUCCUUACAAAAAGCCAGAAGAGCGCAAUAUAUAGUUUUAUGUACCUAAUAUAAUAUUAUUCUAUUUAUCAAACUUAGAUAAAUAUUUUAUCGUUUAUUUAAUUUUUUGUAGGUUUAUACUGUAUAGGUAUUAUUGUAUUAAGUUAUAAUAAUUAUGUUUUUUCAAAUAAAAAUAUUCAAAAUGUAAUCAAGUUACAUAAGAGUUCUUUGAAAAAUAUUUCACAUUAACUAUUUUUAUUUCUUAUUAUAGUAUUAUACCUAUGGUUUGUUUUUUAAUUGUAAAAUUAAAUUACAUUUUUAGGAUAAGUGUUUUGAUGAACUGUAUAAUGUACAUGAAUAUUUUAUGCAGGCUUGUAUUUAGGGAGGGCAGGGUGGGCCAUUGCCCCUCCUGGUGGAACUUGGGGUACUAAAUUUUCAUGAACUUUUUUAUUAUUAAGACAACAUAGUUAUAACUUUGAAAUUAUGUAAAAUGUUUUUUUCUUAAUGUAUUGUGAAUUGGUAGAAAUUUCUCCAAAGUUUAUUUUAGGAUGAUAUUCUAUCAAAUCUAUUUUUAUACUGACUAAUUUUUUUUCAAAAUCUAGCCACAUUUAUGAGUUAUAAAUUAUGACCCAAAAUAAUAGGUACCUUACAUUUUAAGAAAUAACUUUUUUGGGGCGCGGAAAAAUAUGUUUGCCCCGGGGCGGAAAAUGUUCAAAUACAGCCAUGAUUUUAUGUUAA